AUGCGAAUCUUCGUUUUUGAUGGGACCAGCGUCAUCUACGUGUGCGCCGUAAUUAUUCUGAUUCUAAUAUGGGUUGCAAUUAUCGGACAACGCCAAAUUUGGAGACAUCGGCACAAUGUGGCACGGGUUCGGCCUCAGGUAUCCCUAAGCUCCCGAAUAUCUUCCAAAAAAGCCGUACUCCUCCGUGAAACUCAACUGGAUACAGUAAUGCGUCUUCGUUGCGAGAAUCAAGCCCGUCUAACCGAUUGUAUUUCACUUCAAUUCCACGGAGAAAAGCCAUACGUACACCGAAUGAUUGCAGUUGAUGAAGUAACACUGGAAAUUGACGGACAAUUGAAUCGAAUCGAAGGAGCCGUUCAACGACAAGCCGGCGAAUCGACAUAUUCGUAUUUAAAAAGAAUACGCGAAAAAGUGCCAUCAAUUCCGCUGAAUUUAGUGCAUCGAAUAGCUUUUCUGCAGGAAUCCGCCAGAUUUAGACCCGAAAAAUUCGAUGUUGAACAAGUUAUGGAACUACGAUCAUUGCUUAAUCAAUUUUUGAGAAUACUCUCCGCCGAGUACGAUUCACUUUCCGAUGAGCCGGAUAUGGCUGCUCCUCGUGGAGUAAUUGCAUCAUUUUAUCAAUUCGGACAAAAAAUUAUGCCGAAUAAUUCUGGAUCAAAAAGGAGAAGAAAUAAAUUUGGUGGCAGUGAUGGCGUCCGUCUCCUUAUGAAAGAACGUGAAGAGCAAUUAUCACUGUUAUCACCGCUUGCCAGAGCAUCAGCCGACUCACCGGCUCCAGCAGCUCAUUUGAGACGACAAUCGGAUUCGCAUUCAGCAUUGUUACCACAAUAACACACAAUCAUUUAAUAAUAGGAAUGAUUUUUUUUUUCGGAAAUUGGAAUGUUAACUGGAAGCUAAAUGGAAGAUAGAAUUUCAAAAAUUGAAA